AUGAGGCUUUCGCUCAUAGUUUCUGCUCUUUGUCUUUCCGCGUUUGCACUUCCUGAUAUUCAAGACCUAUACUCUCGUCAGGAUGGCUCUAAUUCCCUACUGAUAGACCCCCCCGGACAUCCUCCUUUGCCCUCUGCUCAAGCAGCUGAGAUCUCGGCAGCGCAUGUAGGUCUCGAUCUUAACAACAUCCAAGGCGAUAUCCUGGUCGGGAUGAAGAAGAAUAAAGAAUUAUUCCACUUUUUCAAGAUCAACGAUAAAACUACCUUCAAGUCGAGCCUUACAAAUAUUCACCCGCUCAUCACGACCACAACGCAAAUUCUGUCGGCCCAAAGUGCACUCAAUAUAGCAUUCUCCCAGUCUGGCCUUAGCUUCCUAGGUAUCACGGAUGAUUUGAAGGAUGACGCGUUUAAACUUGGCCAAUUCGCGGACGCAGAGAAUCUUAGCGACCCCGGCACAGGGAAUUGGGUGAAUGCUUUCAAAGGCACAAACAUUCAUGGUGUCUUCCUCCUGGCUGCAGAUACGGACGAAAGACUUUUCGCUUUGCUUUCGCAAGUGAAGCAACUUCUAGGCACAUCGGCUUCGGAAGUUUAUAGCUUGAAGGGUGCUGCUCGGCCUGGAGAUCAGCAAGGGCAUGAACAUUUUGGAUAUCUGGAUGGUGUCAGUCAACCCGCGGUCGAAGGGUUUACUAGAGAACCACUUCCUGGACAAACCUUGACUGAUCCUGGCAUCUUUCUUUUGGGCGAGACAGGUGAUAGACUGAGUUUGGCCCGUCCUGCGUGGGCUAAGGAUGGCUCUUUCCUUGCCUUCCGUCAGUUAAAGCAACUUGUCCCGGAGUUCAACGAUUUCGUUAGGCAAAAUGCAUUGAAUGUCUCUGGACUCACCGUCCAGGAAAACACUGACCUCUUCGGUGCUAGAAUGAUGGGAAGAUGGAAGAGUGGAGCACCCAUUGACCUUGCGCCGUUGCGUGACGAUAAGGCACUCGGCGCCGAUCCCAAGAGGAACAAUGACUUCACGUUUGAGCAUCCAGGAGCAGAUAUCAAGACUAACCAGACCAAUUGUCCAUUCUCUGCCCACAUCCGGAAGACCCGUCCUCGAGCAGACUUGAGUCCCGUGAACACCGCCAACCAGAUUAUCCGCGCUGGUAUUCCGUAUGGUCCAGAGGUUACUGAACAGGAGAACCAACAAAAGAAGAGUAGUGACUCGACGGAUCUCGAACGCGGUCUUGCGUUCGUUUCAUACCAGUCCAAUAUCGGAAAUGGCUUCCAAUUCAUUCAAAAGACAUGGGCUUCCAACCCAAAUUUCCUCUUUGGAAAGAAAGUUCCUCCUGGUGUCGAUCCUAUCAUCGGCUCCACGCCAGAUACUCAUCGCCCUGUUUCGGGUUUGGAUCCCUUAGAUCCUGGACGAAUCAUUACGAUUCAGAAAGGUGCGCGGUUCAAUGUGCUUUCUUCGACUACUACCCAAUGA